AUGGCAAGCAAACAGGAAAAGAUGCCAUCGUUGUGUCAUAGAGGAUGCAACGUUGGUCUAUUUCUCGGUACACGCUUUGGUGCCUAUAAAUUAAUUAGAAUUUUCGAACCUUUCUUUACCGUCUAUUGCUUCUUCUUCUUUCGUCUCCCUUCUUCUCGUACCUUCCCUUCCCAACGAAGUAAUAAGUUGUUGAACCCCACCCUUUUCCCCUCCCGAAACUCGUCUCGUCGCCUCCCUCCUAUUCCUAUUCCUAGGGCUAGGGUUUCGAGAUGCGCACCCCCAACCCCUCCUCGUCCUCGAGCGGCUACGGCUCGGUCCCUCGGCGAUCUCGUCUCCCGCUUCAAAUCGCAGGGCCACGCCCUCAUCUCAGCGCAGCGCCCAUGGGCGGAGCUUUUCAGCGGCCCCGCCGCGUUCUCCCCACCCAAAUCCGCCGCCGACGUUACCCGCCGCCUCAGCCGCAACCUCGUCUACUUCCGCGGCAACUACGCCAUCGCCUUCCUCCUCGUCCUCUUCGUCUCCUUCCUCUCCCACCCCGCCGCCAUGAUCGGCUUCGUCGGCCUCUGCGCCGCGUGGUUCUUCCUCUACUUCUCCCGCGACGGGCCCCUCGUCCUCUUCGGCCGAACCCUAGACGAUAGCGUCGUCUUCGGCGCCCUCUUCGCCGCCACCGUCGUCGCCCUCCUCUUCACCGACGUCGUGUGGAGCGUCGUCGGAUCCCUCCUCGUCGGAGCCGCCAUUGUCGGGCUCCACGCGGCGCUGAGGAACACCGACGACCUCUUCAUCGACGAGGACGAGGUCGCCCGAGGUGGAUUAAUCUCCGCCGUUUGAUGCGAUCCAGCUCCGGAUUAGGGUUAAGGUUACGGUUUCUUCUUCAUAUAUAAGAAAAGAUAAUUUGGAAUUUGGGGAUUUUGGUUUCAAUCGUUGUUGAUUCUUUUGUAUCUCUAUAUAAACAGUUAAUUUGGCUUGCUGUAUUACUACUGCUAUUUGUGAAUUUGGAUUCGGGGAAUAUUGUUUAACAGCUUUAUC